AUGAGUUGGAUGGACAGCUGGAGUCGACCCGGUAAAUCGCAAGCAACACCAGCACCAUUCUACUUGUUACCCGGAGGCGAAGCGACUCCAUAUUGUCACUCAUGCGGCCGAGUGAUUAGUACGAGACGAACUACCGCGACAGCCAACACCAGUACGCCAGCCAAGUACUGCUCGAGCCGAUGCCGCACACAGAAGCCCGGGAAGCUGGACCGCGAGCUGGAGAAGGCCUUUGUCAAAUUGUUGACGGCUGAAGAGAGCGCAGCAGAUGAAGGAAAGAAGCAGGCAAAAGGGGGCAAGCAUAAGAAAGGGAAGAACAGCAAAGGCGACAAUCGCAUCGUGGUACCCUGCAGCGCAGCAGAGGAACUCGUCUUUGGACCGAACCGAACGUCAAUGGAGGGGGAAAUUGAAGCACAUCACAGCGACGAGGAGGAAACGAAUGAGAUGGAACAAACGCACGCGAUAUCGGAGUCGCGAUCAUCAGAAGACAUGGACCUCUCAGGUAAAAUCAUCAAAGACGACAAUCACAUCGACGGCGACGUUCUCGCCCGCAUGUCAGUCCGCAGCGGCACUCGCAUCCGUCCACCACAAUCCGUAUCCGAAGUCAACGGCAGUGUCGGCGGCGAAAAAGGCAGAGCAGAACGAAUCCACGAAACAGACGCGAUGCUUGAGAAGCGAAAACAAGGACAGAGGCGCGCGAAGGAACGGGAAAUGACAAAGCGCGCCGCCCGACGCGGUGUUGUUUUUGGGUUCACUGUCAACGACGAAGGCGAGAAGCGUCUCUGCGAGGCAGUCAUGGCGGGAAAGAUCGUGGAACCGAGCUUUGCAAAGGGGGACUGGGCGAUAAGAUGGAGAGAAUGA